CAGAGAGAAUUCAAGGACUGAUGUCAAGAUCAGAAGCAAAUCUAUUAGAUCUAGAUCUGUCCAGCUCUCAGUAACAUGAAGACGUUUGCCGUUGCGGUCACCGUUUCCCUCCUGCUCACUUUCCUCUGUGUUCAGGAGAACUCUGCUGUUCCUGUCGACGAGGGCCUCGCGGUGCCGACUGAUGACGGCUCACUCGCCGCAGAUCAAGACACACCGGAGGAAUCCUGGAAUAUGCCGUACGACUCGGUUCACAUGCGCCGCCGCAGACGCCGCCGCCGCUGCCGUUUCUGCUGCGACUGCUGCCCCAACGAGAGUGGCUGUGGCACCUGCUGCAAGUUCUGAGGAGUCCGGCAUCAGCCCUCACAUAACUUAACCUCGCCACAAAAAC